AAAAACAGGAGGAAAGUUCUGAUGAUGAGACGGAAGAAGGCGAGGUUGAGGAUGACAAUCCAAGUGACGUUGAGUUGGAUGCCCUCUCCCAGGUAGAAGAGGAUUCUCUCCUGCGUAAUGAUCUUCGCCCUGCCAAUAAACUGGCUAAAGGAAACAAGCUAUUCAUGAGAUUUGCUACUAAAGAUGACAAAAAAGAGCUGGGAGCUGCAAGGCGAAGCCAGUAUUACAUGAAAUACGGCAAUCCGAAUUAUGGAGGCAUGAAGGGGAUUCUUAGCAAUUCUUGGAAACGAAGAUAUCAUUCACGUCGAAUCCAUCGGGAUGUGAUAAAGAAAAGGACACUUAUUGGGGAUGAUGUUGGCUUGACUCCUCCUUAUAAACAUCGUCAUUCAGGCUUAGUAAAUGUUCCUGAGGAGCCUAUUGAGGAGGAAGAAGAGGAGGAAGAAGAUCAGGAUAUGGAUGAAGAUGACAGAGUUGUGGUAGAGUACCGUGAUGAACUGCAAGCUUUCAAACAGUCCCGAGACCGCAGUGCAGCAAGACGAUCGAGUGCUAGUGCAUCUGAUUCUGAUGAAAUGGACUAUGAUCUUGAACUGAAAAUGAUAUCAACACCCUCUCCCAAAAAGAGCAUGAAAAUGACAAUGUAUGCAGAUGAGGUGGAAUCACAACUGAAAAAUAUUAGGAAUUCCAUGCGAGCAGAUAGCAUAGCAACCAGUAACAUCAAAAAUCGGAUUGGCAGUAAAGGAUCAUCAGAGAAAGUUGCGGAUGUAAGACUACUGUUAGAAGAAAAACGUCAGAAUAAUACUGGGCCACGUCAGCCAAACAGCACUGUAAAAUCAGAUGUGCGGCAAAGACUGGGAAAACGACCACAUUCUCCAGAAAUUAAACCUCCAAGUAGUACCUGUGCUCCUCGUCGAGAACCAAUAUCGGAUGUACACAGUCGGUUAGGAAUCCCCAAACAAGAUGUAAAAGGCCUCUACUCUGAUACCAGAGAGAAGAAAUCAGGUAAUUUAUGGACCCGAUUAGGGUCUGCUCCGAAGACACAAGAAAAGACUUCAGAUAAACCUGAAAACUCUGUGGCAUCUCCAGAGGAAGAUGAUUCAGAGCUACAGCGGGUUUGGGGUGCUCUCAUUAAGGAAAAAGAACAGUCUCGGCAAAAAAAGAGUCGAUUGGAUAACUUACCAUCUCUACAAAUUGAAAUCAGCCGAGAAAGCAGUUCUGGAUCAGACACUGAAUCAUGAUUGUUUUUACAUUCUGAUCCUGAAGAUUGUGACUCUGCAAUGUGGCAAGAUUUCCUUUGCCCAAAAGCUGGACACUGGCAAAGACUCUGCAGUGAAGGUUCCAGAAGUGUCUCUGUUCCUUUUAUACAAAAACAGAGAUGCAUAUACCACUUGAAACCUAAAGCAAUCACGUUUGUCUGGAGUCUGUGGUUGGCCCUGUGUUACGUAGGGCAUUGUCAUACAUGUUUAUUACAGCAAACCUUUAGUUAAUUCUAGCAAAACACUUUUCCCCAAGCUUUGAACUUAAAAGAAGACGCAGAAAUGCUCUGUAUUUUUAAGAAGAUCUUUUUGUUCUUAAUAUUUUUAACAUGGAGCCUUUUAACAAAAUACUUUACACAAUUCAUCCAAAGAACAGGGCAUUUCAUAAUGAACGUCAUUGCCUUGCCCUUCUGGCUCUUACCAGCACCUUUCCUUUCCUCUUGAAGAAAUAACAAUAAUGCUUCCUGGGUAGGCAGCCAGCAAGGAUAAAGCAUGAAGGGACUAUUACAUUCCCUUCCUCCAAAAUACUGAAUGUAAAUCUAAGUUAAGCAUUUUAGUACAGCGAAAUUUCACAUAGUAUCCAAGUAGCAUCACU